GAGGUCCGUCUUCUUGUMGUUGGCGAGAAAGUGAUACACAAAGGUUCCGGAUAGACCAGCAACGGAUGCUAUCCCUCUCCAAAUUCCGAUCACCUCCAUGCCGAUGCCUCUCCAAACCAAAUAAACGGUCAUGAUGUUGCCAAACGWAAGSGUAACGUUCAAAUAUAACAAAGACAGGGAAAAACCAGCCCAGCAGAUCGAUUGGCUGAAGUAUACUUCGACGUCGUCAAGAAUUUUGAAUGAUMUUUUUCCAUUUAUAGUGCCUGCGUGCYUGGUUCUGCCUUCCUUCGCAACUUCCUUUUUCYCGUUAUCGGUGUUGGAUUCCUCCCCUUUGUGUCCCAGUUUAACCGACGUGUCAUUGUGGGACUUUUGAGACAGUUCUGUAAUUUUGUGGUAGAUUUUGGCCGUACAUAUGUAUUCGACAAUUAGGGCUACAACGUUCACGGHCCCUACCAAAAGAGUUGCUUCACGAAGGUUGUACCCGUGAUUUUUACUCUUUCCGUCAUCAAAGGAUGCAAUAAAUAUACCCCCRAUUGCUGGGGCAAGAAUCUUGCAGCUCAGAUCGAUUUGUCUCAUUCUGACAUUCGUGUCGCUUAGCCAUGUUUUCUGCACAUUUUCUUCUUCUUCCUUCGUCAAUUUUCUUUCCGACUUGCAAAUAUUGCACACGGCAAUGCUCAUGACAACAAUCCAGUCUCUCUCCACGGCUACAAGAAAUCCAGAGUCAAGGAUCAUCGCGACGGCRCCUAGUAAAUGGAUUCCUACCAAUAAYGAAACGGACUCCAGAUUAUAGAGGGGUUCUUCUCCCCUCGACAUGUUUGGAUCGACAGGAGUGACAUUACCAUACCUUGUUAUUAKAUCGUGGUCCCUCGACAAGAGUUUGUAGCACAAGAUUGUAGCUACCACGACGGCAACAUUCUCGAAACCAAUAAACUGCCGAGCAACAACCAACCGAUUCGAUCCAUCGAUGUAUCGUCCCACGGAGGAACCAAACAAACAAACGAAUGAGUAUGUUACUAAUCCAUAAGAAGUGACCAGUAUCAACGACUGGUUGUUGGUAUAAGCUGCUAGGAACAGGGCAAGGCAGAACUGCCAGACUUGUUCUGAAAAUUGAUUGAAGAAAUGGGAUAUGAAGAGCAUCCAGCGAGCACAUUCGAUAUCUUCACCAGUGCUAGUGCUGAGAACUCUGCCAUCGGCGCUUCUGUGUGACAUAGAACAUUCCGAUGACAACUCUGCCGACGAUUUUAUCGACCCUGCAAUCAAUAAUGGAUCUGAUUCAUCCAUUUCAGCAAUAAUCAAUYAGUAUUCAGUCAAUGGCACAGAAUGGAAGGAAUAACUGUCGAACAGGAUCUAUCAUCGGGUGGCUGCUUUUAUUGAGUCGAGCGAUCUAGUAGUAGCAAGGAAUUGUUCAGUGCCAUUCGAGACGUUGGGUUGCCUGAUAUCAGAUUCCGAUAAUGUGRGUACAAAAUGGCAAGAGUACUUGUACAUGCCGUAGAACCAAUCCUGGAGAGCGUGAGAUCCAAAAACUUGUGGUUUGAUCAUGCACUGUUUUGGUCGUCAAUAGGGAAUAGGGAAAACAAACGAUGAUUCAGAUGGGUGUCAUCAAAACAUUCAWUUUUUUCUUUUUUCGAGAACAUUCUGUGGUCCGAUUUGUACGGUACUCGUAGAGCCAUGCAUGCAGGUACGUACAACACAUCGGACAGACCAGAAUAGCCCAGGAUCAAGUUUUUUCUCUCKUAUUUUGGUUGGYAAUAUUUUGAUUUUGAUUGGCAACAGGCCAGGCAAGCAAGCAAGGASCCUGGAUCAAGGAGCAGGGAUGGGGUUCUUUCCUCUCGCGCGACAAAUCKUGGUGCUUCGUACUGUACSGUACGUAGUACUGAAAUUGACUUCGUAAUGAUGCGCACAAUACURUACGUACGUACUCUUCGUACUUAUCGUAUCGUCUAAUACUAAYGUUACAUUUAUUUCUAUUUCUUUGAGAAUGUACAUUUGAUUCGACCCCUUCGAAUAAAGAGGGUCUAGAACAUCUUUUGUUGAAGUAAAGAUCGGGGAUUUUUGUACGAUAAAAGACGUGAAGAGCCGGUAAGUAACGAAAACGUGCUCCUGCAUACGACUUUGUACCUUCGUUGAAUGAAAAUUACGACUUCUUUUUGACCUUYAUCACGAACGUACUAUUAUAAAUCGACAACAAUACAACAUACACCAUGAAGACCUUCACUUUGCUCGCCCUUGCCGGUACYGCCGCCGCCUUCGCUCCUGCCGCCAAACAGGUAAGAUCUAUCCAUCGCCGCAUUCGASAWGCGAAUUCGAUCAUGAAUGGAGCCAAAAGAAGCAACCGAUGAACAAUUUCAUAUGUUAAUGUUAGGAUUCUCCUCUCUUCAUUCGGGAAGACUGAAACYGUUCACUGAACACAAAAAAUCUUAUUUGCUGACUAUUCCUUGCUGUUUCGAUAUAUUGGAYAUUUGAAUGGGUCUAUCGCUCGGAAUCUCAAUUUUUGAUGUGAUCUGUUCCCCAGGGAUCCAGCACUCAGCUUGCCGCUGAUUUGGACUCCAUGGCCGGAAGCAUCAAGCCUAUCAAAAACUUCGACCCUCUCGGCCUUGCCGAUAUCGGRAGUGACGAAACCCUUGCCUGGUUCCGCGCCGCUGAGUUGAAACAUGGUCGUGUUGCCAUGCUUGCAUUCAGCGGAUACGUCGUCCARUCGAUGGGAUUCCACUUCCCUGGAAAGCUCGCCAGUGAUGUUGACUUCAGCACCCUUUCUGCCAUGAAGCCCUUCGAUGCCUGGGAUGCUGUCCCUGAUGCUGGAAAGGCCCAGAUUUUGGGAACUAUUUUCGUUGCCGAGCUUGCCAGCGAAUCUCAAGGAACYCAUUACAUGAAGGGAGGAAACACCCCCGAAGUGGUUUUCCCUAAAUUUGACUUCAGCGGAGUUGACGCCGAUACGUUGAAGACAAAGCAAACCCGAGAAUUGCAAAACGGACGUCUUGCCAUGAUCGGAAUCAUGGGAUUCAUUGCUGCCAACAACGUUCCUGGAUCUGUCCCAGCCCUUGCUGGACUUGAAGGAUUCAACUAAUCGAAUGAUACUUGUUCGAAUAGGAGAAAGUCCCGACAACCUGUAAUCUCAAAUUCACAGGAGGUAACUACUCAACUAGACGUAAUAGGAUGAAACCACAAACGGGCCAUCGUACGUUGGCGUUGGCGAACGAUGAGGUCAAGCUACGCAGUCUUCUCCACGCAUUAUCGAUUUAUAAUGAUUGGAAUGUUUACCGGCACGAUAUAAUUAAAAUAGAAUCAGUCUG